GUCGCAAAUGGAACAGUUCGUGUUAAACAGCUGACCUCUUGUGGACGAUUUUCAAAGUUCACUCCCUUACCUUAGUUGUGGUGAAAGUCACCUCUUGAAGACGUUGGACGUCGAUCAUUGGUAGAUUCUUAGUAAUAUACGCAUGCGUAGUCGCUAAAAUAGCUUUAGUAUAAAUAUCAAGAAAGAGUGUAACCAUUUCUUAGCUUGUGGUUGAAGUCUAAGGAUGGCUUCGAAAAGGUUGUGGCUGUGUUUUUUCCUAUUAAUUGGGUUAGUACAUUGUCAAGAUGAAGAUGCAGGAGAUGGAGAUGCAAGUACAGAAGAACUUUGUGAAAAUAGGCCAGCUGAUGAAUAUUUUCGCUUAUCAACAGAAGGUGAUUGCCGAGAUGUAGUAAGGUGCGAUAGUAAUAGUGAUACAGGAGUUACAAGAUUAGCUUCCGUGCGUUGCCCAGUUGGUUUAGCCUUUGAUGUCGAUAGGCAGACCUGCGACUGGAAAACGAACGUGAAAAAUUGCGAUAGAGUAGAAAAACCAAGAAAAGUGCUACCAAUUUUGAAGACGGAUGAACCAGUGUGUCCAGAAGGAAAAUUAUCUUGCGGAAAUGGAGACUGUGUCGAUAAAGAACUUUUCUGUAAUGGAAAACCCGAUUGUAAAGAUGAAUCUGAUGAAAAUGCUUGCUCUGUUGAUACGGAUCCAAAUAGAGCACCAGAUUGCGACCAAACUCAAUGCGUACUCCCUGACUGCUUCUGUUCUGCUGACGGAACGAGAAUCCCUGGUCAAUUGGAACCAGCAAAUGUACCUCAAAUGAUAACUAUAACAUUUAACGGAGCCGUAAAUGUCGAUAAUAUCGAUUUAUACGAUGAUGUUUUUAAUGGCCAAAGAUUAAAUCCUAAUGGCUGUUCGAUUAAAGGAACAUUCUUCGCAUCGCAUAAAUACACAAAUUACUCAGCUAUUCAAGAACUUCACAGAAAAGGUCAUGAAGUCGGUGUUUUCUCUUUAACUCAUAAAGAUGAUCCUAAUUAUUGGACCCAUGGUUCUUAUGAUGAUUGGUUAGCUGAAAUGGCUGGUGCUCGUUUAAUUAUUGAAAGAUUUGCGAAUAUAACUGAUUCCUCAAUUGUUGGAAUGAGAGCUCCUUAUUUAAGAGUUGGCGGAAAUAACCAAUUCCAAAUGAUGGCUGAUCAAUAUUUCGUUUAUGAUGCUUCGAUAACAGCUUCUUUAGGUCGUGUACCAAUUUGGCCUUACACUUUAUACUUUAGAAUGCCUCAUAAAUGUAAUGGAAACGCUCAUAAUUGCCCAAGCAGAAGUCAUCCAGUUUGGGAAAUGGUCAUGAAUGAAUUAGAUAGAAGAGAUGAUCCAACAUUUGAUGAAUCACUUCCCGGUUGUCACAUGGUUGAUUCUUGUUCAAAUAUCCAAUCUGGAGAACAAUUCGCGAGACUUUUAAGACACAACUUCAACCGUCAUUACAAUAGCAACAGGGCUCCAUUAGGUCUUCAUUUCCAUGCCUCCUGGUUAAAGAGUAAAAAAGAAUACAGAGAAGAAUUGAUUAAAUUUAUUGAAGAAAUGUUGGGAAGAAACGAUGUUUAUUUCGUAACGAUGUUACAAGUUAUUCAAUGGAUGCAAAAUCCAACUGAAGUAAACGGUUUGAGAGAUUUCCAAGAAUGGAAAGAAAAAUGCGAUAUUAAAGGACAACCGUACUGUUCCUUGCCGAAUUCCUGUCCUUUAACAACUAGAGAAUUACCCGGUGAAACUUUAAGAUUAUUUACUUGUAUGGAAUGCCCCAAUAACUAUCCUUGGAUUUUGGAUCCAACAGGAGAUGGAUUCUCCGUUAGGAAGUAAAGAAGUUGCAGUAGACGAUUACUUAGAUAGGAAGACUUUGAAAAAUGUUUUUAUUUUUUUUUUAAUUUUGAGUGUGAGUUUUUUGAGAGAACGUUUUUUAGAGAAGUGCCUUAUUUUGGAUAUGUAUUACAUUAUUAUGCUAAAGUUGUACAUAAAUCAAUUUUUAUGAAAAUAUAAUAUUAACUUUCUUAUUUAAA